AAAAUAGAGGGUGAAAGAGGCAACAGAAGAAAACAAAGAUACAAAUUACAAAGGAAACUAGAGGUCAGAAGACUAUUUCUCUCUCUAAUCAGCUUUCAUUGUUAUUUGCACGACUGAUCUCAUUGAUUUCAACAUCCUUUCGCCAAAUUCAUUGCCAACUCGAUUCAAUUAGAGUGGUGAAGAUGAAGAAGUAUGGACGGACAAUGCUUACAAUUAUGGUCAUCAUAUCCCAACUGUGCUCUGUCUUGACGUUGGAAACAACAGGCCCUGCAUUCAUGUGGUCUCCUCACAUCGACAUGGAGUUGACUGAAAAGGUGAACUAUCAAACACUUUCCUCAAGAGAUUUAGCAAGGUCUGUCAUGUCCGCGGGUGGCUGGUCAAACAUACUGUGCGAGGGCAAACAAUCUCAUCAACCAGUUGACAUUGCCGUAGUUUUUGUUGGAAAAGAGUUGGAAUCAUCAGGUAUAACUGGAAACAGUUUGAGUGAUGCUUCGCUUGUGGGUUUGCUCAAGGACUCCUUCACCCAGUCCAAUUUCUCAAUGGCGUAUCCUUAUGUGUCAUCAAUGGUAAAGGAGGAGACCUUUGAAAAUUCUUUGAUUGAAGAGUUUGAAGAAUCUUGUGGCCAUAAAAUGAGAGUUGGCAAUGUUAUUGUCACUGAUUCUUGCUUGGUAGAGGACAAAGGGUAUUCCAAACUUGCAGACAUGCACUCGGUGGAGGAGUAUGUGGCAACAAUGGAGAAAGGAACCAAGGAACAAACUGAUUUGCUUGUGGUUUGUCGUGGAGGCUUCAGCUCAUUGAAAAAUCUUGACAAGCUGCAUUCUGAAGGUCAAUAUUUUUCGGAGUUGAUUAGUUCAUUGGACCAUUCUGGAGCAAAGUACACCGUCCUUUAUGUUUCUGAUCCAUAUAACCCCAUUCAGUAUCCAUCCAGCCAUCAAACAGGAAGGUUGCUUGCUGAGACUCCUGGAAAUGCUUCUUUGAAUUCUACCGUUUUCUGUGACGGGGUUUGCCAAAUUAAAAAGACCCUUCUAGAGGCAGUUUUUGUUGCUAUAGUCCUGCUUAUAAUAUUAAUCUCGGGGCUCUGCUGUAUGAUGGGCAUUGAUACUCCUUCAAGGUUUGAGGUUCCUCAAGAGUCUUGAUAAACUGUUCGCAUGAACAACCCCUUUUGUAGCAUAGCAACAUUCGUACUAGGAUGUCGAUUCCCAUGGUGUUCAAAGAUUGUCAAACAAAGAGGAAGGUCGGCUUUGCGAGUUGAAAGUUGAAAUUUCUGCUAUUUUGUGUAUCAUUAUUAACUAUGGCCAGAGGGAGAGAUGGCCUUUGUAAAAUUUAUUCAUCUACUUAUUCACAUUUUCUUGCUUUGUGCUUGGUGAUGGUGUAUUUUCUUCAAUUUGUUAUACUCGGCUUUUAAUAAAAGCUUUUAGCAAGUCCAUAAAUAAAGUGGGUUCUUCUCUGAAAAUUGUACUCCGUA